UUUAUUCUAAUACUUGAGGUUAUGGUUUCCGUGACGUUGUCCCUGAGUGUGUCUGCCUGCAUACACACGUGACUGAAUACAGCUCCUUUAAAGUCACCACUUCUCUUCUUUUAGAGCAACAAAGUCACACUUUGAUUGAUAUCUGACAGUAAAAAAGAAAGUAGUAGCGCACUAAGUCUACGGGAGGACAAAAGGCUCAUGAAGUUCGGGACGGCCCUCUGACACGGUGGCCACACCCGGGCUGAAGUUGACUCCCACGCUGUAACGGGACACCGGGGGAGGACCAGAGGGGCCACAAAGACCUGCAGAACGCACACGGAGACGUCAGUCCGCUGCUCCAGUCACCAUGAGGUCCUGCCUGAGGAUCAGUGUUCUCCUCCUGCUGCUUACUGGGACAUUAACGGAUGACGGGUUCGACCUGUCCGUGGCGCUGGACGAUCCAGUCCCACCGACGGAGAAGCCCCAACCGAAGGCCCCGGAGAAGCCCAAAAGUGAUGGUGGGCUGGACCUUCUGGACGCCUUUGGUACAGAUGAGCCCGUAAAACCCAAGAAACCAAGUUCUGGAGAUUCUGGUGGCUUUGGACUGGAUCUGGAGGACGCUGUCGGUCCCGAUCCCAACCCCAAACCGGAUCAACCUGCCGUGAAGCCACCAAGUGGUGGAGGAGGCGGAGGCAGUUUCGGUGACUCCGACUUAUUUGAUGUUGGUGGCGGAGACUACAAGCCCGAUGGAGGCCGCCCACAUGGGGGUGGAGGGGUGGACCCCGGCUCGGAUCCUCACGGUGGAGCUGACCAGCCUCAAGAUCCAGACCUUCCGUGGGGCCAAAUCCUGAAGAUGCUAAAUGCUAACAUGCCAGAAGAGUUCUAUAUAUGGAUGUCCAACUUAAAGCAAAUGUUAACCCCUCUGUUAGAGAGGGCCAUGGAUCUGCUGCACGCUAUGCCCUGAACCAUCCGUUUAAAGGGAAGGUUUGACGCCUUUCAUGUGGAUGAUGGUGAAUGUAGUCCUUUGAAGUAGUUCUCUAAGUAGUCCUCCCUCCUGAUAUCCUCUGGCUCUGGUCCAAGUCACACUGCCAAGUGUGUCCUCGCCCGUAAUGCCUGCACUCAGAGGAUGGGUUGCUUCAAUGGACGACAUUUACCCUCAACACUGAUUAGACACGUUUCCCUUUAACUUCUGAUUGGCUCUCAGCUCUGAGGUUUACAGACGUCUGAUGUUCUCGGUCCUGGAUAAAAACAAUAUCUGGUGUGGUGAUUGAAAACCGGGAUACUUUUUAAAUAUUUUUAUUCGUCCUCUUAUUUUGAAACCCUGCAUACACUUCCUGUGCCCUUUGGCCUCAUGGACCCUCACAGCUGCAGGUCUGUGCUUGAUCUGUAAAGUCUGGUGUCAAACGUGAAGAGCCGUUCUCCGACUAUAAAAGAAAGGUCCUCCCUGUUAUUCCAGACUUACCGGGCACCCGGCGUCUGGGCGCGACCCGCCACUCCCCACCCAGCGGCGCCGUGACUCACAUGCGCUGCGAGAGGAUGUGGCUUCUAUAGAAUACAUCGGGGGGUGCCUGAAUAAUGAGCUCUUAUUACAGGAAGUGAAGUGUCUGAUGAGUCAGUUACUGAUCAUGUGGAGAAGCUGUUCUGGACUUCACUUGAAGCUGUAGAAUGUGUGUGUAUAUAUAGAUAUAUAUCUAUAUAUACACACAUACAUAGAUGUUUCUCUUUGCUGGCGCUCAGCGUAUUUAUUUUGGCGGGUUCUUUUCGUGCUUUCUGGGGUCUGGUAUGUAAAGUCAUGAGCUGUGUGAAGCAUAAUGAAUAAAAGCCGCGCUCACGUCA